GGAGCGGGGCGGCGGGUGAAGGAGCCUGGGAGCGGGGUCUGAGGGGUCCCGGUACUGGCGGAGGAGAACGGAGCUAUGCGGACCUGCGGACCCCGUGGGGCGGGUACCUUGUGGGGAGGCCCGAGUUCUGUGGGAGCGCUGGACUGGAGGCGGCACAGAUGGGCUGCACAACGGAGGAGCCAGCUGCAGAACUGUCAAGUAGCCAAGGAAAGGCUGAAAUGCUCAAGUGCCAAACCCUUUUUAAAGGACUCGACUAAUCGCCUGAAUCCAUCCUUAGAACCAGUCUCUAAACUCAAGCAUGCUAAGGAAGAGCCAGCUCUGGAUAAAUUCAGGAAAGCCCUGCCAGAAUCAAGGAGCAUGUCACAAAAUACAAAUAACAGAACUCAGCCAUUGCAGCCCUCUCGGUCCCUUCCUGCUUCUUCUAAUUUGAUGCAUAAAAACCCAGGGACAAAGCAAGGAGAAAGUACUGCUGUGAGGCAACCUGGCACAACAGCAGGGGGAAGUCUUAAGCAGCACAGCCAGCCUCCCCCAGUGAGAAGAUUUCCCACCAAGCCUCCCACCUUGGGCAAGCCCCAGGGGACCACAAACCUGAAAUCAAAUCUGAACCCAGGUGUCACUUUACCACGGCCAAGGCCCACGGUUAAAGAGGUAACGGACAGGAAGGACAUGAAGGUGGUGGCUCCUGGACACACGGCAGCAUCCCAAGGGACAGGUCACAAAAACCAGUCUCACAGCAUACACAACUCCAAAACUCAUGUCCUUGAGGAUGAGUUGAGAAGCAGAGGAGAUCAGCUUAAACCAGAGCUGCCGAAGGCAAGUGGCAUGCACUCUAGGCCCGUUCCAAGGACUCCAUCAGCUGCAGAUCGUAGGAAACAGCUGGAGGAGUGGUUGGCAGCCAAAGGCAGGACAUACAAGCGGCCGCCGAUGAUUCUGCUUCAGAAGCAGGCGGUGAUACCAUCCUGCAGAAAGGUCAAGCCAACAGAGAAACAAGAGAAUCCAGAGCGGCACUGCCAAGUCGAGAUAAACAACGUAUUAACUGAGUGCCCGAAGCUCAUUGAGGCGGGUGUCCAUGCAGAGGAGAUCUCAACAGUGCUGUCCCUUGUGCUCCAGGCAGAGAAAUUUGCCAAAUUCUGGUUCUGCCAAGCAAAGCUGCUGGCAGAUGGCCCCUUUGAUGUGUUGCAGCUGUACAGAGAAGCAGUCAGCGCUGGGGCUGAGCCAGUCGAAGAGCUCAGACAAACUGCUUUCAAUAUUUUGAAGGAUGCAGGCCAAAAACUGGAAGGAGAAAAGGCAGAGGAACCCACUCCUCGGGAGCCUACCACACCUUGUCCAGCUGAGAGGCAUCCCAUAGCAUCAACUCCAGGCCUGGUGGGGAGGUGCAUGACCUCCCUCCCCCCCUCAGUCAAGUUACAGGUUACAUCUGCAUCCAGAGGAAGGGAAUUCCUGGAAGGCCCAGAAUUGAAAUUUCUAACACCCGUCCGGCGCUCCCUGCGGACUGAGAGGGCUCGGAGUCGCUACCCAGAGAUGCUAAAGGACCAUGACCCUGUGGUGUCAUCCCUCAGUGAAAUCCUGGAAAUCCUGGAUGCUGAGGAGGGGACUCUCUUCUUCUUCCGGAAAAACAAAGCUUUACCAGAAGUGACAGAGCUGGAGGGCUUGAGUUCAUAUCCCCCCAAGAGCCCCUGAGGGUUCCCAGCAGGAGCAGGCUGCCUUGUACACAUUCCCCUGACUGCUCUUGCUGCCCCUCAGAUGUAGGGGGGAGGGUUUGGCACAGAAUAAGUAUGUAUCAAAUAUCUAAAUUUUGUUUUAAAUAAUAAAUGCAUGUUUAUUAAA